AGGGAUCAAUUUGCUCUGAGAUUAUCGUCAGCUGAUAUUUCUUUUCCCGCUCCGAUAAUCUUUUUGAUUGUUCGGAUUCAAUAUCCGAGAUCGGGUAUUCUUGAUUCGUUGAUUGAUCGCGAAGCGAGAAAUUCCCAGGAAAUACUGUUGGCGAUUAAAUUCUGUGUGAUUAGGAAUAAGCUUAUGUUGAUUUGCAUCUCUCUCUCUUUUCCAGUGCAAAUGUGUUCGUUUCGCUGAAAAUUUCAGCGAUGGGAGAGUAAGAAAGUAGGAAUUUUGAUGGAAAUCUUCUGAAUUUAGGGUUCAGUUUUCCAAAUUCUGGUAGUGGCUAUAAUUCUCCUUGGUGGAAGAUAGAUUAGGAAUUAUCUGGACAUAAAUGAAGAGAGAAUUGCCAGGGUUUUUAUUUGAACCAUUCGUUGGAUAAUUUCGCGCAAUUUCUGCCUUGUGGUUGCAGGUAUUUCAUUUGACUUCAAAUGGCUGGAAGGACCCCUAUCGCCAGUAAAAGCUCAGCACUCAUCGCCAUGAUUGCUGAUGAGGACACUGUCACCGGGUUUUUACUGGCUGGUGUCGGUAAUGUUGACUUAAGGAGGAAGACGAACUAUCUCAUCGUUGACUCGAAAACAACUGUGAAAGCUAUUGAAGAUACCUUCAAGGAGUUCACAUCAAGGGAGGAUAUCGCUAUUGUUUUGAUCAGUCAAUAUAUUGCAAACAUGAUAAGGUUUCUGGUUGAUAGCUACAACAAGCCAGUUCCAGCAAUUCUGGAGAUCCCUUCAAAGGAUCAUCCUUAUGACCCUGCUCACGAUUCAGUGCUUUCGAGGGUGAAGUACCUCUUCUCUGCUGAAUCAGUGGCAUCGGGAAGGCGCUGAACCUUCCAUUAUCAAGCGAAACGGCGAUCUUGCGAGGAUUUCUGGUGUUUGCGUAGUGGAAAAUCAAUGGUCCUGCAUUGCAUGUUGCGAGAAUUAUGCUAGCAAUCGUAUAAUUGUUCUUCAAACGCGUUUUUCAUGACUGUUCCAAAACAAAUAAAA